AUGGGCCACAUCCCGCGGCAGCUAGGAGAUCUUGGCGCCCUCAACACCCUCGACCUCAGAUUCAACAAGCUAGAGGGCCACAUCCCGCGGCAGCUAGGAGAUCUUGGCGCCCUCAACACCCUCGACCUCAGAUUCAACAAGCUAGAGGGCCACAUCCCGCCUGAGCUAGGGGCUGUCAGCAAGCUGCGGGUCCUGUGGCUCUACAGCAACAAGCUUACAGGCCACAUCCUGCGGCAGCUAGGAGAUCUUGGCGCCCUCAACACCCUCGACCUCAGAUUCAACAAGCUAGAGGGCCCAAUCCCAUCGGAGCUUGGGCAACUUUCAGCACUGAAGACGCUCUACCUUCAGGCCAACCAGCUGAGCGGCCACAUCCCACCGGAACUAGGGGCUCUCAGCGAGCUGCAGGAGCUGUGGAUCGACAGCAACAAGCUUUCAGGCCCCAUCCCGCGGGAGCUCGGGAACCUCGCAGCGCUACAAUACCUCUACCUUCGAAACAACGAGUUAAGCGGCCACAUCCCGCCUGAGCUAGGGGCUCUCAGAAACCUGCGGGUCCUGUGGCUCUACAGCAACAAACUUACAGGCCACAUCCCGCGGCAGCUAGGAGAUCUUGGCGCCCUCAAGACCCUCGACCUCGGAUUCAACAAGCUAGAGGGCCCCAUCCCGCCGGAGCUCGAAAACCUCGGAGCAUUGACAUCACUUAUCCUUCGUGACAACCCGCUGAGCGGCCACAUCCCGCGGCAGCUAGGAGAUCUUGGCGCCCUCAAGACCCUCGACCUCGGAUUCAACAAGCUAGAGGAUGAGUUGAGAAGAUAA